GUGAGUUGUUUAUAUUUUCAUUGAAGUCUGAGGGGCAUACGAGACGUCCUGUAUCUUGGCGAGGGAUGGAUGCUACUCAGGUCAUCAACUACUCCAUCCUAGAAUCAGAUGAGGAGGAAAAGAAUGAAGAAGAGAAACCAAAACCAUUAGCUAAGCUGUGCAUAUUAAAGAAUGACCACAUCCCUGAAAGAGACUUCCCCCUUUUUAUUGGAGAUAACGUGCUCGGUCGGGACGCCGACACCUGUGCCCUGCCCUUGCCGGCGCCCUCUGUGUCGAAGCAGCAUGCCACCAUUUGCAUCUCUGUCCACCGGAGACGAGGAUCCUCCAGCAGAGCCGAUACGGAGGCUUUGGUUUGGGAUCUAGGCAGCAUGAACGGCACACGCAAGGGCCGCUUGAAGUUGACCCCGAAUGUUCGCUACGCCCUCAGCGAGGGUGAUCGCCUGUUGGUGGCGGACAUCCCGUGUCGGUAUGUUGGCUGGGAGGCCCGAGAGACUCCUGAGAGCAUGUUUCCAAAUGCUUCCAUAGAGAAGCGACUUAAGGUGGAUGCCAGUGGAAGUACACAGGCUUCAGCUGUGGUGGCCCUUUUUGGUGAAGCACAGAACAGUCCGGCGCAGAACAGCUGUCUGUCCCUUGAGAAGACUCCAGUGCAACUGCAGGGAAUGCUGGUCGCAGAGUCUGACUUGGACUCGGAUGGAGAGAGUCAGGGGCACCGAGACGGCAGACGCAAGUCCCUCUAUUCAAAUUCAGACUCUUCGAAACCCAGUGCCACCUGUUCAACCUUCAUGAGUCCCACAAACAAAAUAGUUCCUGAAAGUGAGGAUGAAAGCCCCAUCACACCGUCAUCCUCUACCAGAAAGAAGCCUUGCAGAUAUGUCAGCUUCAGCGAAGAGGAGCCUGACAUAAAUGCUGGGCGACAGCAGUUUGAGAACAAAACCUCGCCUGCGACUGUAGACGACAGUGACGAAGGGGAAGGCGCCGUGGUAAAUGGCCAGACACCAGGAGGAACGAGGCUUGAGGAGAAAAAACAUGGUGCGCUGGAUCAACACAGAUUUAUAAGAGAAGAAAGCUUGCCACGUGUGUCCAAAAGUAGUGCGAUCCCUGAUUUGAACAUAGACAGUGAUACAGAUGUGGAGGACGCUGAUGAUGCCAGACCCCUACAAGGGACUGACUGGGAUGUGUCACAUGACGCCCCAAAAGUAGAUUUAGCACCUCCAGUGCUGCCGGAUGACUUCCAGCUUGACAGCGACACAGAUGUGGACGAGGGUGCUGACACCAGCAGAGAUAAAACCCUUUCCAGGCUAGACUUAAAGAUGAGCGACUUGUCAGAGUCAGAUGAUGAUCAGGGCUCUGCCUUUAAUACACAUCCUGAUGUCAGAGGAUCAAGCAACAAUCAUGGGCCUAUAGCAGCCAUUUCCACUGAUAUCACCAUAGCAGCUGCUGAGUCUGAUGUAGACACAGAUGUCGAUGAAUCCAGUGUGCCCCCUGCUGGAGGUGGACAGGACAGCGAUACAGACAUGGAGGACCAAAUCCCAAGUCUUCCGGCUAUAAAAACACCAGAGUUGCAUGCUGCAUUACUGGAGAACUGCUCCACUCCUGUGCAAGAAAAUGAAGUGGAGGAAAUGGAGACCCAACCCUUCCUUACUCCUUCUCAGGGUCCAUUUAAACGUGCUGUAAGAUCUACAGCGUUGUCUUCAUACUCAGACGGUCUUGAGCAUGAGGAUGUUAUCGUGGCUGAGACGCCGCCCUUUAGCCUUCAGACCCGAGUGCAGGUUCACUGUGACAACAGUGACACCAGUCCACCAUCAGAACCUGUAUCCUCCAGCGAGGAGACAGAAGAAUUGCAUAGAGAAGGGCCGUCUUUCCAGCUGGGUUUGUCGGACAGCAGCCACCUGCAAAGUCAUGCCCAUUCUCUGGCCAUGGAAAACACAGAGGCUUUUGUCCCUGUGAGUGUGGAGGAUACACAAGAGUAUGUAACUCCAUACCACCACAGGAAUGAUUUAAACAUGGAGGCCACACAAGCUUAUGCGGAGCCUGCCAGGAGUCCAGUGCGGCAGGUUGAGCUGGCUUUACAAGAAACUCAGGCGUAUAUUUCGGAGCCUUACAAUGAGUCUAAAGAUGACUCAAAUGAAGAAACUCAACCUUUGGAUGGGACUUCCUUUUCUGCUAACCUUGCUUUGGCUGAAACCCUACCUGCUUUAAUGGCAGAACCAUCUCCAAACAAUUUAAUAUUGUUGCAAACACAAGGCCAGAUAUCGAUAGAAGCAGACUUAAGCGAGGAACACGAAGAAGAGGCUGGAGAAACUUGUAAUGAAACUGGAGCCAUUCCUGAACACCAACCGUUGUGUACAAUUGAGUUUAAGAACACAGUUCCAGUUUUACUGAAAAAUAAAGCCAUGCCUCAGCAGCUUGAAAAAGACACUCAACCCUUGAUUAGAGGUGACUUUUCUGUAGCUAAGACCCAGUCCAUGGGCAUAGGUCAGACUCAGUCCACAUCUACAAGUCUAACCAAGGAGAGUGAUGGUGAGGACCCAAUUCCUGGAUUGGUACAGCUUCAAAAUGAGACUCAAUCCAUUACGACUGUAGCGGUUGAUAACCAGCCGAUGGCUACAAGUGAUGAUGAUGAAGGCGAUAGCGAGGACUCAAUUCCUUUGUUACAUAAUAAAAGAAAAGCAAGGCCACUUGAAGAGACCCAGCCUUUGACGAGUUGUGAUUUCCCUGUAGCUGAGCCUCAGCCCAUAGCUACAUGUGACACUGAGGAAAGCGAUGACGAGGAACUCAUUCAGUCUUUACAUAAAGGGAAAGUACGACUUCAAAAGGAGACACAACCUAUUGCGACAUCUAGUGAUUUGGCUGUUGAAGUGCAGCCUAUGACUGAAGCUGCGAUCCAGCUUAUGGCUACAAUUGAUCAUAAUAAAAGCAAUGAGGACGAGUCAAUCGCGGUAUUGUGUAAUAACAGAAAAGAAAAGCCACUGCAGCUUGAAAAAGAAACUCAACUCUUGAUUGAUGGCGACUUUCCUGGAACCGAGACCCAGCCAAUAGCUCCAAGUCAUAGUGAUGAGAGUGAUAACGAGAACCUUGUUCCAGUCUUAAUACAUCUUCAAAAAGAGACAAAACCCAUUAUGACAUCUAAUGAUUUGGCUGGUGAAGUUUAUUCUAUGACUGUAUCUGCAACAACGCCUAUGGCAUUCAGUGAAAACGAGGAAAGCGAUGACGAAGACUCAAUUCCAGUUUUACAUAUCAAAAGAAAAGCCAGACCGCUGCACCUAGAAGACGAGACUCAACCCUUGAUUGCUUGCGACUUUUCUGUAGCCGGGACCCAGCCCAUAGGUACAUGUCAUACUGAUGAGAAUGAUAACGAGAACCUUGAUCCAGUCUUAAUACAUCUUCAAAAAGAAACAAAACCCAUUAUAACAUCAAACGAUUUGGCUGGUGAAGUUUAUUCUAUGACUGUAUCUGCAACAACGCCUAUGGCAUUCAGUGAAAAUGAGGAAAGCGAUGACGAAGACUCAAUUCCAGUUUUACAUAUCAAAAGAAAAGCCAGACCGCUGGACAUAGAAGACGAGACUCAACCCUUGAUGGCUUGCGACUUUCCUGUAGCCGGGACCCAGCCCAUAGGUACAAGUCAUACUGAUGAGAGUGAUAACGAGAAUAUUAUUCCAAUCUUAGUACAUCUUCAAAAAGAUGCAAAACCCAUUACAACAUUAAGUGAUUUGGCUGGUGAAGUUCAUUCUAUGACUGUGUCUGCAACACAGCCUAUGGCAUUCAGUGAAAAUGAGGAAAGCGAUGACGAAGACUCAAUUCCAGUUUUACAUAUCAAAAUAAAAGCCAGUCCGCUGCACAUAGAAGAAGAGGCUCAACCCUUGAUUGCUUGCGACUUUUCUGUAGCCGGGACCCAGCCCAUAGGUACAAGUCCUACUGAUGAGAGUGAUAACGAGAACCAUAUUCCAGUCUUAGUACAUCUUCAAAAAGAUGCAAACCCCACUACAACUUCAAACAAGUCGGCUGUUGAAGUGCAGCCUAUGACUGUAGCUGCAACACAGCCUAUUGCUUUGAGUGAAAAUGAGGAAAGUGAUGACGAAGACUUAAUUUCACUUUCACAUAAUGAAAUAAAAAACAGACUGCUGCAUAUAAAAGAAAAUACUCAACCCUUAAUUAGUUGCGACUUUCCUAUAGCCGAGACCCAGCCCAUGGCUACAUGUCAGACUGACGAAAGUGAUGACGAGGACCCCAUUCCUGCUUUAGAUCAAAGAAAAGUACAACUUCAAAAAGAGACACAACCUAAUACAACUUGUAAAAGUUUGUCUGUGGAAGUAGAACAUAUGACUAUAUCUGCAAACCAGUCGAUGGCUACAAGUGAUUCUGAUGAAAGUGAUGACGAGUCGAUGGCAGUCUCGCUUAAUAAAAUAAAAGAAAAAAUGCUUCAGCUGGAAGAAGAGACUAAACCCUUGAUUGGUUGCGACUUUCCUCUUGCCCAGACCCAGCCCACAGCUGCAAGUCAUACUGAUGAGAGUGAUAACGAGAAUAUUAUUCCAAUCUUAGUACAUCUUCAAAAAGAUACAAAACCCAUUACAACAUUAAACAAUUUGGCUGUUGAAAUGCAGCCUAUGACUGAAGCUGCAACACAGCCUAUGACUUUGAGUGAAAAUGGGGAAAGUGAUGACGAAAGCUCAAUUCCAGUUUCACCUACUAAAACAAAAGCCAGACCGCUGAAGCUGGAAGAAGAGACACAACCCUUGAUUGAUUGCGACUUUCCUGUAGCCAAGACCCAGUUCAUAGCUACGUGUCACACUGAGGAAAGUGAUGGCGAGGACCCCAUUCUUGCUAUAAAUACAAGGAAAGUACAACUUCAAAAAGACACACAAACCAGUACAACUUCUAAAAGCUUAGCUGUGGAAGCACAACAUAUGACUAUAUCUGCAACCCAGACUAUGGCUACGAGUGAUUCUGAUGAAAGCGGUGGCGAGUCCAUGGCAGUCUCGCUUAAUAAAAGAAAAGCAAAGCCGCUUCAGCUUGAAGAAGAGACUAAACAUUUGAUUGGUUGCCACUUUCCUCUAGUCAAGUCACAGCCCAUAGAUGCAAGUCAUACAGAUGAGAGUGAUAACGAGAAUCUUAUUCCAGUCUUAGUAGGCCUUCAAAAAGAAAUGAAACCCAUCACAACUUCUAACGAUUUGGCUGUUGAAGUGCAGCCUAUGACUGUAGCUGCAACACAGCCUAUGGAUUUGAGUGAUAAUGAGGGAAGUGUUGAUGAAGACUUAAUUCCAGUUUCACUUAGUAAAAUAUUAAACAGACCUCUGCAUCUAGAAGAGGAGACACAACCCUUUAUUGGCUGCGACUUUCCUGUAGCUGAGACCCAGCCAAUAGCUACAUGUCACACUGAGGAAAGUGUAGAUGAGGACCCCAUUCCUGCUUUAAAUAAAGGAAAAGUACAACUUCAGAAAGAGACACAACCCAGUACAACUUCUAAAAGUUUGGCUGAAGAAGUACAACAUAUGACCAUAUCUACAAUCCAGCCGAUGCCUACAAGUGAUUCUGAGGAAAGCAAUGACAAGUCAAUGGCAGUCUCGCUUAAAAAAAGAAAAGCAAAGCCGCUUCAGCUGGAAGAAGAGACUCAACCCUUGAUUGGUUGCAACUUUCCUGUAGUCGAGACCUCUGCUGUAAGUCAUACUGAUGAGAGUGAUAGCGAGAAUCUUAUUCCAGUCUUAGUACAUCUUCAAAAAGAGAUAAAACCCAUCACAACUUCUAACGAUUCGGCUGUUGAAGUGCAGCCUAUGACUGGAGCUGCAACACAGCCUAUGGCUUUAAGUGAACAUGAGGAAAGUGAUGACGAACACUCAAUUCCAGUUUCACAUGAUAAAACAAAAGCCAGACCGCUGCACCUAGAAGAAGAGAUACAACCCUUGAUCGGUUGCGACUUUACUGUAGCCGAGACCCAGCCGAUAGCUACAUGUCACACUGACGAAAGUGGUGACGAGGACCCCAUUCCUGCUUUAGACCAAAGAAAAGUAGAACUUCAAAAAGAGACACAACCUAAUACAACUUGUAAAAGUUUGUCUGUGGAAGCACAACAUAUGACUGUAUCUGUAAAUCAGCCGAUGGCUACAAGUGAUUCUGAUGAAAGCGAUGACGAGUCGAUGGCAGUCUUGCUUAAUAAAAUAAAAGAAAAAACGCUUCAGCUGGAAGAAGAGACUCAAACCUUGAUUGGUUGCAACUUUCCUGUAGUCGAGACCUCGGCUGUAAGUCAUACUGAUGAAAGUGAUAGCGAGAAUCUUAUUCCAGUCUUAGUACAUCUUCAAAAAGAGAUGAAACCCAUCACAACUUCUAACGAUUUGGCUGUUGAAGUGCAGCCUAUGACUGUAGCUGCAACACAGUCUAUGGCUUUGAGUGAUAAUGACGAAAGUGUUGAUGAAGACUUAAUUCCAGUUUCACAUGAUAAAACAAAAGCCAGACCACUGCACCUAGAAGAAGAGAUACAACCCUUGAUCGGUUGCGACUUUCCUGUAGCCGAGACCCAGCCGAUAGCUACAUGUCACACUGACGAAAGUGAUGACGACCCCAUUCCUGCUUUAGAUCAAAGAAAAGUACAACUUCAAAAAGAGACACAACCUAAUACAACUUUUAAAAGUUUGUCUGUGGAAGUACAACAUACGACUAUAUCUGCAACCCAGCCGAUGGCUACAAGUGAUUCUGAUGAAAGCAAUGACGAGUCGAUGGCAGUCUCGCUUAAUAAAAGAAAAGAAAAACAGCUUAAUGUUGAAGAAAACACUAAACCCUUGAUUGGUUGCAACUUUCCUGUAGUUGAGACCCAGCGCAUAGCAAGUCAUCCUGAUGAGAGUGAUAACAAGAAUCUUAUUCCAGUCUUUGUACAUCUACAAAAAGAGACAAACCCUAUCACAACUUCUAACGAUUCGGCUGUUGAAGUGCAACCUAUCACUGUAGCUGCAACACAACUUAUGGCUUUGAGUGAAAAUGAGGAAGGCGAUCACAAAGACUCAAUUCCAGUUUCACAUAAUAAAAGAAAAGCCAGACCACUGCACCUAGAAGAAGAGACACAACCCUUGAUUGGUUCGGACUUCCUUGUGGCCGAGACCCAGCCCAUAGCUACAUGUCACACUGAGGAAAGUGAUGACAAGGACCCCAUUUCUGCUUUAAAUAAAAGGAAGGUCCAACUUCAAAAAGAGACACAACCUAAUACAACUUCUAAAAGUUUGGCUGUGGAAGAACAGCAUAUGAUUAUAUUUGCAAUCCAGCCAAUGACUUCAAGUGAUCCUGAUGAAACUGAUGAUGAGGACUUGAUUAAGUACUCACAAAAUAAAAAUAAAACAAUGUCGCAGCAGCUAGAAGAAGAGACUCAACCCUUGAUUGGUUGUGACUUUUCUGUAGCCAAGACCAAGCCCAUAGCUGUGAGUCAUACUGAGGAGAGUGACAGUGAGAUUGUUAUUCCAGUGUCAGUACAUCUUCAAAAAGAGACAAAACCUAUUUCAACUUCUAACGAUUCGGCUGUAGAAGUGCAGUCUAUGACUGUGGCUGUAGAACAGCCCAUGGUUUUGAGUAAAGAUGAGGAAAGCGAUGAUGAAGACUCAAUUAUAGUUCCACAUAGGAAAAGAAAAGCCAGACCGCUGAAGCUUGAAGAGACCCAAUCCUUGAUUAGUUGUGACUUUCUUGUAGCUGAGACCCAGCCCACAGCUACAACCAAAGGGAUUGACGACAAUGACCCUAUUCCUACCCUAUCUAAAAUAAAAGUCCAGCUUCUGAAAGAGACGCAACCCUUGAGUUUGAAUGUAGCUACAACCCAGAUUAUGACUACAAGUGAAAAUGAGGUUAGUCAUGUUGACUGUAUUAGAAAAGAACAUUUGCUGCAGGAGACACAGUCUCUUAACAGCACUGUUGAACUGUCAGGCAUUUUAAAUCCAAAAGGUCAGCCAGAAGAUGGAGAUAAAGACCUAAGGAGUAGUGAAGACAAACCAUCAACAGCUCCAAGAAAACCUCAAGAAGAGGAGCCUCAGACACUGGAGAUGUCUGCUCUUGGGGAUGUUUUAUGUCCAGGUCAAGAGAAAGAAGAGUCUGAAGUCUCUUCUGCUAUAACUCAGCCCAUGGACACAUGUGAAGAUGAAGAGGCAGACAGCGAGAUCUUUAUCCCGGGUCAACGAAGAAAUAAAGUCAAACCGCUGCAAUUUGAAGAUGAGACACAGUCCCUCAUGGGUUCUCAAAGUCAAUCAACCGAAAACAAACCAGGUCCAUCGCUUCAAAAAGAAACCUUGAGUGAAGUUGGAACUAGCAGCAGCAUUGUUGGACGCUCAAGAAGAACACAAGAAUGUGAAGAGGAGGAAGAGACACAAAAAAGACAGACAAGAAGCAAAAAAGCUAGACAAAAGUCUGUGAAAUCCAGCCAUGGCAAGGCAAGUGAGAAAGAAGCCACGAUGCAGCACACUAAGGACCAACAACAGAAUAAUAAUGAAAAUCAGAGCAUUCGAGUAGAAAGAUUGGAAAGCAAGAGUAACAAAGAAGAGAGACAUGAAACUGAAAAAAAGGAGAAGGAAGCAAAGGAGAGACGACAAAAGGAAAUUACAGACAGGGAAAAGGAAGAAGAACGGUUGCAAGCGACAAAAGAACAAGAAAGAAGCAAGAGGGAGAGGACAGACCUGGAGAUGAAAGCCACAGAAAGACAGACACAGAAUGAGGAAGAAAAACCCAAAGUACCACUGAGAGGCCGAAGAGCAACCAGAAGAACCAUCGCCGCUGCAGCAGAGCUGGAACUUGAGGAUUGCCCGGCCAUGAGGACCAGAUCACGUUCCAACUCCUCCAACUCUAUCAACUCUGAGGUGUCCACUUUGAGCACACAGGAGAGUCAGGGGAGAGGUAGAAGGGUGAAGCGUUUCAAUGGUCCUGCUAAGGCAACUACCAGUAGACGGCAGACAGUGGCUGCUGUGGCUUCUGGCAUUAGAGAACCACCAGAGCAGGACAUUGUUGGUGUUUCAAGGUCCAGUUCUUCCAAUUCUCUUGCUUCUGAGAUGUCCUGCAGCAGUCUCGGCUCUCGGAGUAGAGGAAGACGAGGCCGCAAGCGUAGAAGAGGGGGCAAAACGGAAUCAGGACCUAGCUGGGUUCAGCCUGUCUUUAGUCCAAACCCUUCGCCUAGGCCUACAACAAGAAGCAGGAGUGGUUGGAAGGCAGCUGUAACACCCAGUGAAAAUUAUUGUGAGAUGCCAGAGGUAAAACCGGCAUCUGCCACUCUGAGGCGCAGGCGAGUCGGCGUCAACGAGCCUACGACUGCAGAGCAGUCAAAUCAGGAGGACCAGUCUGCUGGUGAAGGCUCUCCUCUCCCUAAAAGAACAUUCAGGCGCCAAAAAGUAAAAAGUGAAGCUGUUGAGGCUUCAGUAGAUUCCCUGGGCAAUGAUCAAAAAGAGGCAAAAGAGGACAAAGGAAAAGGAAGGAAAAGAGAGCUUGAGGCAGGAGAAGCCAAAGACGACAGUCUAGCUCCAGUUCGAGCUAAGAGAAGAGGCACGGUUGCAAAACCAAAUCCCUUAGACACGGCCAGCGAGGAUGGAAGUGUGCCAUCUGUCAGUUCUGCUGUUGAAGUUGCAGAGCCUCAGACUCCAAUCGGGAGCAAAAGCCGGAAGAGAAAAGCUUUUGUGGGAGCGUCUCCUGGAAUUUAUGGCGCAUCCUCCCCAUCAACGAGUUGUCGACCACAAUCAGUUGAACAGUUUUAUAAGGUGCUAUUCACUGGGGUGGUGGAUGCCGCCGGCGAGAAAGUGUUGGCCCGUUUAGGAGGCGCUCUUGCCAAAGGCACUGCAGACAUGAACUGCCUGGUGACCGACAAGGUGCGCAGAACCGUCAAGUUCUUGUGCGCCGUGGCCAAAGGAGUCCCCAUUGUCACCACACACUGGCUGGAGAAGAGCGGUAAAGCUGGGAGCCUUUUGCCUCCUGACGCCUUUAUUGUGAAGGAUCCAGAGCAGGAGAAGAAGUUCAGUUUCUGCCUAAAAGAGUCUCUAACGCUUUCAAGCAGCCAGCCUCUUCUGCAGGGAUAUGAGAUCCACAUCACUAAGUCGGUGAAGCCAGAGCCAAUCCACAUGAAAGACAUCAUUGCCUGCAGCGGAGCCACUUUUCUUUCCAAGAUGCCUUCUUCCCACAAGCCUCAGACUAUAGUGAUCUCCUGCGAGGAGGACUGGCCGCUGUGUCGCGCUGCCGUCUCGGCGUCGCUCCCAGUGGUCUCUGCGGAGUUCAUCCUCUCUGGAAUCCUGCAGCACAAAUUGGACUUUGACACUCACAAACUGUCCGGCCCGUCUGAUAACCUGCAGCCCGCUCCGAGCCGGAGAAGGCGGGGCAGUAAGAAGUCGUAGCAUGAAGUAACUGACAGCAUCCCUUUCACAACUGUACCCGGCCAUCGCCUCCGUCCUGUUGCCAUGUACUUACAGCAAGUACUUUUUAGACAAGCGUUAUUUAUACCGUAGCGGAUGGGACUAACGACCCAUUCAUUAUCCCUGUCCUCCCGCUCCGCUCCACCUCAAACGAGCAGAGCAGGAAUUAACGUUACUUAACGUCCACUUCUCGCUGUAAUCACACACGUUGAAGCGCGGGUGUGUAAUUCGUGUUUGCCACACAACAACGGAUAGAUUUGGGCAUGCUUUUCCAAAUAGAAAGUCAUUUCUUUCCACGCUUAGAUGAUAACGAACCUAGCAGAGUGUCCUCCGUCUCCAUUAACCACCAACAAGCUCCAUUAAGGCCCCAUGCAAUCCUAUUAGCCGCGUACGGAAGGAGCGCAGCCGAGGCUGACGCUGCCUCUUCAUCAAUAUCUUAUGCUGUUUGUCCUUGCCGUGCAAUCAUCCACAGCCUUUUUAACUGCGUAAUAUCACUCACUCGUGUGCGGAUGUGGCAACAACUUAUACAUGUAUCAUUCCCACAACCGCCUUUUAAAGAAAGAAGUGUGAACGUUCCAAUCAUGCAUCUAUAUAUGUUCACCACAAAUUAAAUCAUUAAAUGUUUUCUAUUUUCUUCCAACUGUAUGUUGUGGAAUCUAUGGGGGAAUGAACACAUUUAAGGAAGAUAAAAGAGGAUUUACCGCUCAUUUCAUUAGCUACACCGAAUUAAUCAAAACAGAAAUAAGAUGUACUUAUUUUGUUAAAAUGUAAUCCAUUUUUACUGUUUACCCUUCAAGAACAUGUUUAUGUAUUUGCUCUGCCGUUAAGCUCAUGUAUUGGAGUUUUGUAGGUGACAUUUUGGUUAUUACUGUACUUGCAUAUUCGUAGUUAUUGUAAUAAUUACAACUUACAUGGGUUUGUGAUACUGUUUUAAAAGUUAUAAAGCUGUUACUAUGUUUGAUUGCAAGUACUAAUGUACAUACAAUUGAACUUGUUGUUUUUUUUCUUCUUCCAAAAAAUAAACGUUUCCUAUACUAUUGAACAAUACAUUUUAUUUACCCUUUUAGUCUAUAUCCAUCGUAAAACUCAUUUUUUUCAAUGCCAAUAUUGCGUAUAAUUUUUUAAAAGUUUUUGCCAUUU